AUGCGCGUGCCUGGGGGAUUGGCUGUUGGCACAUUGGGUGGCCGUGCGAUAUUUGCAUUCCAGGAUUCAAUCGCGAAAGCAAUAUCAGGUCGGGAAGAACUAACAUGCUCGAGCUACUACAAUAGUACUUAUGUUGAGAGCCCGGAUGGUGAUAACUCUGUUGAUUGGAAUCCGGUCACUGGUAUUCUACACUCUUCGUUGUUUGCACCGUGUGAAACGUCCCUGAUAUUUAUAGGAAUCCUUUCGAUAAACAAUGGGGUCGACGAUGGCGCCCUAAUCCGAGUUGUCGGUCUUUCGUCGUCAAUCGACUGCUAUCGGCUUCUUUCCGAGGCCCAUGACCAGGAAAGGGUUAUAGAACCAGUCAAAGAUUCAUGUAGUGCGGAGCUGCGCAAAGGAAUCGAAAGCUCUCGGAGCCGUUUCGAUUUGGAUCAUGAUCUGGGAGGCAUGUCUACCGCAAGGGGAUGGGGCGCGGCGUCCUUCGGCACGUGGUUAGCGGUGUGUUUUACCGUCCAUCCCACUGACAUGCCUGAGCAUAUCACUCCCUCUCACGAGCGCUUGGGGAUAGUAUUUUCUCCGUCCGCAGGUGAGAGUCGUCAUCAGGCAAAACCCGGUGCCAACCCUACAACACAAGAUGUAGACGACUUUCAAGACGACGCUAUGAGGAUGCAGCAGAAGGUCUUGCACUACAUCUUCGAGGAAUCACAUAGGGCUUUCGCAAACGACCGCUGGCUCAAAAAAUUGCUCUACGCGGCUUGUUGUUGCGUGGUGGUUCGGUUCCGGCGUGAGUCUGAAUUGUUGACCCGUGCGGCGUCGGCUUUACGCUGGCUACAGGAAUGCACGGGUCUUAAUUUUGGCGAAGAGAUACUCCUCCUUGAGGAUGUUCAGUUGUCUAGCGAGGAAGGCGUGCUGCAUCCAUCGAUCACGGUCAGGCCGACAGAAAUACUACACGCUGUUGGCCAAGAUAUUUUCGAGCUGUGCGAGAUAUGCGAUGCUGGUAUAGACUGGUAUUCUGCGGAGGAAUCCCAGUGCCUUGGGGGCCAUACCUUUGGUAAGAUACCCAAUAGUACUUGGAUGAUUGAAGCUCGGCACAACGCUAACUACUGGUGUUCGCUGUUCUUCCAGUGCGCUGUGGCGUGUCACUCUUGUCAAUUCAGGACCCAUUUGCUACAAGUCGUUGCUCUCGGUGUGGGCGGGAGUAUUUCGACGGCACGAGCCUGA